AAUGUAUUCCCGAGCCAUUGGAGACAAUUUUUUUCAUGGAUGGCACAAAGAACGUGGAUGCCGGCGAAAGAGAGCUGAUGAACCAGUUAGCAACAAAUAUCGCUUCCAGCCUCCCUGACCAAUCCACUGUAGGCGUGUACUCACUAGAUUAUCAAGCAAAGGAGAUUGAGUCAUUCACCAAAACAUCACACGGUCAUAGUUGGUCUAUAAUAGUACCCAUUCGCAAUGAAAUGAAGCGGUAUGGUAACUAUAUAUCUAUGAAGGCCUUAGACAACGAGAUAAAGGCACGGUACCCAGCAAAAAGAUACAGUCCUAAAGCAGAAAUUUUCAUUCUUUUCGUCAGUGAUGAAAGCAAACUAGACGACGUUGUUCCAUUGUUCCUUGCUAAAAAGAAGACCUUUGUUGUGGUUUUUGGGUCCUAUAUUCCGAGUAUCUACAAGUCUAUUGCAAGCCGUAAGGAUCAUCUGUACCUCGUGCGAAAAAAAGAAGAAGUUUCAUAUGUCAGUUUUAGUAUUAUCAAGCGGAUAAAAUGUGACUCGAGGUUCAACUGCGAUACGGAUAAGUACAGUCUCCAGAAAGGUGCCGGGUGCAAAAGCUGUUUCUACAUUUGUGGUGCCAAAUUAGGUGAUCUCACUAUAGUAUGUAAAACGCGAUGUCCAUAUUUACGACUGUCUACGAAGUCUAGUCAUGAAGAUUUCGUAGAGGAAGCAGCUCUGAAAUCUCAUAAAGAGGACAAUAAGGAAGCUCUGAAGUCUCAUGAAGAGGACAAUACAAGUUUGCAUGCAAUAAUCAUUCUAUGCAGAUAUAUGUUUAUAGCCUGUGGUGUAUAUUGUUGCUACAGAUGUCCAAGAGGUUGUAGAAGGUAUCUACGAAGUAGACUUGCCAGACUGAAAAGGUUGAAAAACAAAGCUUUCCGAACAUUAGACGUGGAAGGAUGGAAUACGCUGACACUGAGUUACCCUAUUACCAGUAUUGAGACUGCGCAUGUGUAUAUUCGAGUAAAGGUCGAAUCUGGAAACCACAACGCAGUUUGUUUGUCCAUUAUACAUCCCUACAUUGUUGGUGCCGUGAGAAAUUCUAUAAUCAUUACGAUGAAUCUACAAAAGCUUAUUUCUACUAGAGAGGGCCAGCGUCGUCUUAUUUCUAUACAACUGGAUAAAUUCAACAACGAGUUGUCACAGUCGGAGAAGACAGCCCUGCUCGAAAUCAUGGAGGAGAAGGCAGAGAUCAUCAAGAAUCUGAACGAGAAGAUUGUAAAUCAUCCAGAUGUUGACGAUUUGGAAACAGAACUGGUAGAUAGUGAUGAAUAUUCCAUUGACUUACGUUUGAAACUACGGAAACUGAAGGAGGACAUCACGAAAUCUAGUGACGUUAAGAACGACACUGUGAUCCUUGAUUCGCAGGAUUUUAACGGUAGUGCUAGAACUGUAUCAGACACUACAUCUACCGCCAUAGCAGGUUUUCCACUGACUAACGCAAAUUAUCAGAAUGCUAUAGAUUUGUUACAAGAAAGAUUCGGACAAUCUCACAAGAUAAUAGAUACUUACAUGCAGUCGCUUCUAGAUUUGCCGAUUCCAGACAACAACGUGGCGAGUCUACGCAGAUUUCAUGACAUAAUGGAGAAUUACAUCCGGGGAUUAGAAUCUUUAGAAGGGCUUGCUGAGAAACUGAAAUUAAAACACACCGGUUCGGAUACUAUAUCUUUAGCAUCUUUUGGUGGCAAAUCAGAACAGUGUCGUUAUAUACCCACGGGCCGAGUGUUUCUACACGUCGAACAGGGAGAGACCAUACCGCUAGACGUACUUAUUGUACCGACCAUUGCCGUGCCAUUACCAAACUUACAGCAAGAAGUGAAAUGCAUGAACUAUAUUAGAAGUCUUAAACUCGCGUAUCCUCUUUCUGACGCUGACGACGAUUUCGAGGUAUCGCUUUUGAUUGGAGCCGACUACUAUUGGCAGAUCGUCCAGAACUAG